AGGUCGCGACAGCACGUCCCGCGGCAGUACACAAUGGGAUUCAGUGUGGUGGUGAGCGUGGUGGCAUUGGCCGGUCUGGCCUGCGCCACAGUCGGUGACAAUGCCCUAGACUCCGGCGAAAGGGUGGUGCUUGUUGCACCUGUGCUUGCGCCCCCCAAGGACUCCAGGACCCACGCUAAUGAUCGAUCUAGACAGUUCCCGAUACUUGUGCUUUUAGCUCAAGAAAGCCAGCCUCCCAGUGGACGGGAGACCUCCGCUAAAUCUUUGGGAAUCAACCCUCAACCUAUUUACGUACAGAAACUAGAGGACCAAGAGAAUGCUCAGGCAGUCAGGCCAAACAGACAGAAGAGGCAUCUCCUGAAGAGUUUACUUCUCGGGGGAGGAGGUGGAGGUGGGAUCUCUUUUGGCGGAGGUUUCGGCCUCGGCGGAGGCUACGGCGGAGGUUACGGCGGCCAUGGCGGCUACGAGGAGCCAACCAAAACUAUUGUAUUGGUGAAAGAACAUGGUCAUGGCAGAGGUUACGGCGGUGGCUACGGUGGUCAUGGUGGCUACCAUGGUGGAUAUGAUAACGGCGGCUACGGAAACGGAGGCGGGUAUAACAACGGCGGGUACAACAACGGUUAG